AGUUGAUUUCUGCGUCGGCAUUCAUUGUUGGUCCAAUUGAUCGGUCGCGACAACAUAUCUUGCAGGUUCUAGGGUCCAGUUCGGUUCGCUAUGCGCGGAAAAUAGAGGAAGAUCAGGAUGAAUAUCCUAGAUGAAAUCGGUGCAAGCAGCAGGAGGUUGAUUCGAAAAAUUGUCGGUCUAGAGCUUUAGGUCCGCGUUGUAUUGGUUAGUAAGUACUGGUAAAACUAAAACAUGUAUCAGCAUCAGAGAACUCUGUAGGGAUCGACUUCGGUGUAUUGACACGUAAUGGCAUCCAAUGGAAAGAAUUCAAUUCCUGUAUUCUCACAAAGACAAAAAUAUCACGAGUAAGUCGUUGCUUGUCGCGAUAAAAGAACAUCUUGACGCAAAUGCUACAUCAGCUGCAGCUCGAGCACUAGCCUCGCCUGUUCAACAACAACAAACACUGCACUGCCAUCUGCAAGCACGCGAAAUAAAGAAGAACUGUAACUAAUUCUACGGCUGUAUUUUGUCUUUUGAAAUCUUCCUGGUCCUUGUUCUUCUUCCUACGAGGAAAAAAUAGUUCGCUCUCUAGCACAAGUGCGCCGCUCACGAUUGGAUACGACCUGUGCCACCUGUCUGAAUUGUCCUUGUACGAAAAGAAAGAAGAUGUCCUCCAGCAGUUCCUCUUCCCCGUAUGUGCUUUGCACGGGCGGCCUCGGCUACAUCGGGUCGCACACCGUGAUCAAGCUUCUCGAAAAGGGGUUUCGCGUUGCUGUGCUGGACAACUGCGCGAACAGUUCGCCGGUAGUACUGGAUCGGAUUGCGAAGAUCAUGGGGAAAGAUGGCCUCGUAAAGUUUUUCAAGCUGGACCUGCUAGAGAAGGAGAACGUCAUCGAGCUUUUCAAAGCGGAGAAAUUUGAUGGAGUAUAAUACGUCAUACGUAGUUUCUUGUUGCUCGGCGGGAGGCCAUUGCUUCCAAAUUUUGUUAGAAUCGGCGCGCCUUUGAAUUUGAAACUGUACUUCGCUUCUCGCCGCGUUUGUACCGCGUUUGAUCUACACGUGAAAUUGAAAGUGCGCGGAAUAGUAACAGAAAAUAAGAGCUGCGACUUCUACGAUUCAUUUCAAUUGUUCCUCCAGGUGAUCCACUUCGCAGGCUACAAGGCAGUCGGAGAGAGUGUGGCAAAGCCCUUGGAAUACUACCACAACAACCUGACGGGGACCCUGUACCUGUUGGAGGCCAUGAAGGUGGUGCCUAACUGCCGUCGCUUGGUGUUCAGUUCCAGCGCGACCGUGUACCAGCCCUGCGAGGUUCCUCUCGACGAGGACAAGCCUCUGGGGCCCUCGAACCCCUACGGGCAGACGAAGUUCAUGAUCGAGCAGUUCUUGCAGGACCUCUGCGUCUCGGACGCCACCUUUGCGGUGGACAUUCUGCGGUACUUCAACCCGGUGGGCGCGCACCCCAGCGGUUUGAUUGGGGAGAACCCGACCGGGCCGCCGAACAACCUGAUGCCCUUCAUUCAGCAGGUCGGCGUGGGGCGGCGGGAAAAGCUGACCGUUUUCGGCAACGACUGGCCCACGCCCGACGGUACCGGCGUUCGGGACUACCUCCACGUGGACGACCUCGCGGACGGCCACAUUGCGGCUCUGCAGUACAUCGAGGGGAAAACUGGUAAAUUACUGUCUGAUAAAAAGUACGCACGCGACCCCCGUGUCUGUGCAAUGAAUCUUCUUCGUCCUCGCAAUAUUCACGAAUGAUCGGUAUUAAGAGGAGAGCUUUCAGGAAACUGAAGGGCAGUUGUUGAUACUUACCACGACAUCAAGACCAUUACUUCCACAACCUCGUUGUUCAGUGGGUCGCUGCCAGAACAGCAGGAUCAAAGAGCGAGCACCACGUCUGUUUGAAACAAGAGUGGAUCAAAUAAAUGAAAUAAAACAUCAAGACCAUUAUCUGGAAUCAGGCUACGAAAUAACUUUGGUGGUUGUUUUUCUUGCAGGAGUACUAUUUCUACUACGUCGGUCCACUGAGUACUAAGAGCUACUUGACAACACUAGGAGGGGAUUUGUCUGUGUUCUGUGAAGGUCGGGUUUUUGUGUACAGAUGAGUCGCAAUCUGAAAUCAUUACCAGGUUGUUUUGUGCACAACUUGGGAACGGGAACGGGCAUUAGCGUCUUGGAAAUGGUGGCAGGAUUCGAAAAGGCCAGCGGAGGGAAGAUUCCCUACGUGAUCGGACCCCGGCGUCCGGGUGACCUGGCGACAGUCGUUGCGGACCCGACCAAGGCGCAAACGGAGCUGAAAUGGAGAGCGACGCGAAGCAUCGAGGAAAUCAUGAACUCCGCCUGGAAGUGGCAAAGUGGGAAUCCGGAAGGGUACCCGAAGGCGUAAAUGAAGCGGCUCUACUUCCGACUCGCGUACUCACUUUUGUCAGCUCACUUCAAUUAUUCACAAGCGAAGCGAGAGGCUCGUACUCGUUGUUCAUCUCCUCGGACGCGAGGUUCAUAAAAAUUCCAGUGACUAUCCACGACUACAAAGUUCUACUGUAAAAACUUUUUCUACAACUGGUCUCUAGACUAGAUAAUUUCGCUGGAGAAAGAACUCCACGAGUCAGCAAAUCGCCUUGCUCCAGUUUUUCUUGCAGUCCACAUUGUGAUAGACCUUUCUCUUCGCGAUGCAGCCACUGUGAACGCGACUCUGCCGGUUUCUACAAAUAUCCAGACACCCGACUUGCAAAUCACUCCUGUGAUGGGAGGACCAGCACGGUUGAGCACCGCUGUAGUCCCAGGUAGUUGAAAGAGACCAUGCGAAGAGUAUCUGUAUGAGGGCCACCGUCGGUGUGCAGCAACACAAAGG